AUGAAAAAGAAAAGAAAGGAGAUAAUAUGCAGAUGGGAUGCAGAUGCAUACUUCACCGCCUCAUCUGGUCUUCUUCUUCAUGCAGAGAACGACCUUGAUAGGGAGAGGCAGAGAGGGUGGUUGGGAGUUCGACUUCAGGCCGUCCAUCUCCUACCUCUCCCUCUUUUCUUUGCUUCUUCGUCGCUUCUUCGACUGUGCAAGGGAAAGACAGGUUUAUCGGUCUGCUCUUCUCAAUCAUCUGGCUACUACUCUUUUGCCGUGCGACUUCAACAUCCUCUGGCGCUUUCCACAGUUUACGAGAGCAACAAAUACUAUGGAGUACUUCAUCCAUGCACUCGUCGUGCCGCCGGAACUGGGCCUGCUCUUCUCCGACUCGUCCAGGAAAGGUACCCGAGUUACAUACUUCCAUCAACGUCUCGAACAGACCCUGCCAACAAUUUCAAUCCCGUCUCUUCCACUGCAGCCCGAUUGGAGAGAGAGAGAGAGAGGAUUGAGGGGAAAAAAACUCUUGUUCGUCCCUUUUUAUGCCCCGUCAUGGCCUUGCGUUAUGGUCCGUUUCAUCUCGGUGCAUAUUAA